GAUAAGUCUUUUCUGGAUAAAACACUCUUCUUCUUCUCUCCAUCCUCCUUUGGAGCAGAGCUAAGAGCUCCAUCAUCAAUGGCUUCCUCACUCGUCUCUUCUUUUCAACCCAGGUCAGCGUUUUUGGGAGAUAGAAAUGUGUUCAAGGUCUCAAGCACACCUUUUGCUCAAGUUGGUUACUCCAGUAAGACCAUUGAGUGCAAGGAAUCAAGGAUAGGAAAGCAACCGAUCGCUGUACCUUCCAAUGUUACCAUUGCAUUGGAAGGUCAAGACUUGAAAGUGAAAGGUCCAUUAGGAGAGCUGGCUUUAACUUACCCACGCGAAGUUGAACUUACCAAGGAAGAAUCCGGUUUAUUAAGGGUCAAAAAAACAGUCGAAACUAGAAGAGCCAACCAAAUGCACGGUCUUUUCAGGACGCUUACCGAUAACAUGGUUGUGGGAGUAUCAAAGGGAUUUGAGAAAAAACUUAUACUUGUGGGUGUUGGUUAUCGUGCAACAGUCGAAGGGAAAGAGCUGGUGCUGAAUCUCGGGUUCUCACACCCGGUUAAGAUGCAGAUACCGGAUAGUCUGAAAGUGAAAGUGGAAGAGAACACAAGAAUCACUGUGAGUGGAUACGACAAGAGCGAAAUCGGGCAGUUUGCUGCUACGGUUAGGAAGUGGAGGCCACCAGAGCCAUACAAAGGUAAAGGAGUCAAGUAUUCCGACGAGAUCGUUCGGACAAAGGAAGGAAAAGCUGGAAAGAAGAAGUGAUCUUCAUAUUUCAUUAUUAUCUCCUUUCAAUGUUAAUGUGUAGUGCUCAAAUCUGUUUAGAAAUGAAGAUGUUUGUUUUGGGAUUCUUGAGAUGUUUUUAAAGGAACCCAUUAAUUGUUUUUGAUGCUCUAAGAAAUGUCAUCUGAAUGUUAUUUUGGUCCA